ACCGUCUACAUUUUGGGCCUUUACGGCAGCCGUCGUUAUAGCUAUCCUAUCAGCAAGAUACAGCGUCUAUCAUAUCUCGUUGCUGUCGGCAUUUGGUCCUUCGCUUUAUGCUCACAUUGGUUGCCCAACGGUGACUGCACAUCCUGGCUAUCUGGGCUAUGGGGACGCUGAGAAACCUUAUCAUUCGAGUUGGGACGCUUGGUGGCAUCCACAGCGCAGCCAUGGCAGAGGCGACAAGAGCAAGGAUAGUGCAGGGGUACUGACAGAGGACUGGAAUAUCUUGUAUCAUCUUGGUGGUAAUGGGCCAUGGGUUGAGAAGGUUAUUGAUGUUGUCGAGGGGGGUGUCGCAACGCCUGAGGGAUGCGAGGUGUUGCAGGUUCACAUGAUGGCCCGGCAUGCUGAGCGGUAUCCUACGAAGAGAGCUGGUAGUGCCCAGAAAGCUGUCGUUAAGCGUAUGAAAGAAUCGGGCAAGGUUUUUACCGGCAACUUGUCGUUUUUCAACGAAUGGGAACUUUUCUGGUCUUCAGAUGAACAAGAUCUGGAGCAACUCACAUCCACUGGUCCCUUUGCCGGAACACUCGGUUCCUUUACUACAGGAGUUCGCCUUCGCACUCGCUACCGACAUUUAAUUGACCAAGCUGCAUCCAUUCAUCCAGAUCAUCCUACUACCUUUUGGGCCAGCGGCUCCAACCGUGUCAUUGAAACAGCUAAGCACUUCGCUGCGGGUUUCUUCGGGCUAGAAUACGCCAACACAAACACAGCAAACCUCUCAGUCAUACCAGAGCACUCCUCACUCGGUGCAGAUACGCUAACACCCGGACGGACCUGUAUCGCCAACAAGAAAGACAAAGAGCACGGUCAGCCAAAAGGAUAUCGUCUUAUGCGCAAAUACCGCUCUACUUACAUGCCUCCUAUUAGCAAACGCCUUCUCGAACAAACAGGCAUGGAGUUUAAUGACGAAGAGAUUUACGCCAUGCAGGAAAUGUGUGGGUUUGAAACCACAGUUCGUGGACGGAGUGAUUGGUGCAAUGUCUUUACUCAAGAAGAGUUUCUCAGUUUCGAGUAUGCGAGAGACAUCCUACACUACUACCGUGCUGGCCCAGGACAAAAGUAUGCAAAGAGCAUGGGGUGGCUGUGGGUGAACGCAACGACGAACCUGCUGGUGCAAGGCCCAGAAGAGGCAGGCCCAUUGUUCUUCAGUUUUGUUCACGAUGGCGAUAUCGCACCGAUGAUUUCCGCGCUCGAUGUUAUAAAUGACGAACAACACCUUCCCAUUACACACAUUCCCCACGACCGCAAGUGGCGCAAGUCCCAAGUCUCACCCAUGGGCGGCCGCAUCGUCUUCGAACUACUCUCAUGUAGAACAGGCAGUGGCGACGAUAGCCCUCGAGAGAAAUUUGUCAGACUCAAUAUCAACGACGGUAUCACAGCCUUACCGGAUUGUCACAGCGGACCAGGCAAGAGUUGUCCUUUGCAUGAAUUCGCCGAGAGGACGAAGAGGAAGGGCGAGGAAGUGCAAGGGUUCAAAGACUUGUGUGGAUUAAGUGAUGAUGCAGCCAAGAGGAUAACGUUUUUGAGUCAGAAAGGGGUUAGUGAGUAGAAAUAGUAGUGAUAGACGAAAGCACGGCUUUUCCUUGUGCAUGUCAAGGUCUUGAAUGGAAGAAAUAAUUUUAAAGUACCUAGUG